ACAUAGGUCGAACUUUUAUAAGGCACUCGCCCAAGCCCUGGAAGUUUUUAGGAUUCUCAACGGCUCUGGCGAUUUCAUCGAAGCUAACCAAAUCAACAGAAGAAGAAGAAGCAUGAAGAAAUUCAAGCGAAACAAAGCAUCAAAACGCCAGAAGGGAGUAGAUAUGAUCAGCAACCUGCCGGAUCAUGUUCUCCAGUUGAUCCUUUCAGGCCUUCCAACCACCGAAGAAGCAGUUAGAACAAGCGUUUUGUCGAAACGAUGGAGGUAUUUGUGGGCUUCAAUUCCGUCUCGAGACGCAGAUUGUACUCGAAAACUAACAAAUUUCAACGAGAGUGAAUUCAAAGAGUUUGUGGAUCGACUUUUGUUGGACCGAAGCGUAGAUUUGGAUAGUUUUCGUUUACGUUGUGAAAAUCACUACGAUAUGUCGACUGUAUGGCGGUGGAUUCGCGACGCCAUUAUUCGAAAAGUAAAAUUGCUUGACUUGUCUUUUAGCCCUAGGGUUGAUGAUGAUCAGGUUAUCAGGUUGCCUCCUAUUCUGGUAACAUGCGAUUCAUUGGAGGUAUUAAGGUUGUCUUUGUCUUUUACAUCUACUCUAAGGUUGCCUACUGUCACUGGUUUUCCGGCACUUAGGGUUCUUCAACUCAACAGUGUUCAUCUAAGGUUGCCUACUAUCACUGGUUUUCCGGCACUUAGGGUUCUUCAACUCAACCGUGUUCACUUAAUGGAUGUUGAUUCGGUACAACCGUUUCUUAGAAGCUGCCCAUUGCUUGAGGAUUUGAGUUUGAUUGACUGCUUCUCAUACUCGUAUGAAGAUCCUCUCUCAUACUCAGAUGAAUAUGAAGAUGUAGAUGUAGAUGAAGAUGUUUGUAUUUCAUGCCUAAAUCUCAAGACUCUGAGAGUUCAUAAUCGGAAUAUUGGUACUUAUACCGAAAGGUUUGGUUAUGGUGGUUCGUCUGAAAACUAUGUCUUGUGUGUCUACCUUCAUGUUUUUUGCCCAAAACUGGUGUUUUUGGAGUAUGCAGGUCACUCGGCGGAUGAACUUUUAAUUGAAAACCUAGACUCCCUGAAAAAAGCUGUGAUUUACCCUGAUGGUAGGGCACAUAAAGAGAUAACAUUUGAAUCAUAUGGUGCCAACACAUGUCAGUUGUUUGCAGGAGUUUCUCAUGUGGAAUCUUUGUCUCUCAACCUUUUUUUCAUUCAGGCCAUUAGUACUGCACGUGAUUCUAACGGAGUUUUCGCGAAGUCUCUUCCCAAUCUGAAGACGUUAGAGAUAUCCACAACAAUUGAUGACUACACCAUGAAUGUAGUCAUCCGGAUCCUCAGAUGUUCUCCCAUUCUGGAGUCUUUCCAUUUGAUUAUUGAAGAGGAGAUUUUUUGGCCGGAAGUAUGGAAGUUAGAUGAGGUCUUGACUCAUCAUUUGAAAAGGGUCGAGUUUCUUGAGUUCAAUGGAGAACAACAGAAACUAGACAUGGCUCGUUUCUUACUGGAAAAUGGAAAUGAGUUGGAAGAAAUGGUUUUCAGUUGGCGUGGCAAAGUCAACUACCAUGAAAAGUCAAUGGAGAUUAUGAAGGAAGUGUUGAAGUUUGACAUGGCUUCUUCAACUGUCAAACUGAUUACUCUUCUAAAAGACUAGGUUUUCUAUAAAUUGUAAGUGUUGCAUGUUACUCAACUUGCCCAUUUUGGUGCUAGUUCAUGGUUACAUCAAGAUAACUAAGUUCUUACUUGGAAUCUUCUCUAGGCAAAACUUUGUCCUUACCUUUGUAAUUCGAACCUUCUAAAUUAUGUGAACCAAACAUCUUAAGAGAUGGAAUUCAAAUUCCAAUUCUCUUAAAUUCCAUUGAA